CCCAUAAGCAAUCAUUGACCUUAUGCCAAUAGCCUGGAGUGCCCAACGUGAGGAUCAAACUGGCAGCAUAUUGGCUAAUUGAGAUCAACAUGAGAACCCAUGACAGAUCAACAUGAACUUUGACAAGGCGCAAUCUACAUGUUACGUCACUCGGGGGACACCAUCCUGUUGGCUAGUUAGAGGGCCAUCUAAGUUGGGUCUUUGAAAGCCAAGCCGCAGUCACAGAAUUAUCUUCCUCGCAGAAACCUUUGCCAUGUGUGUCCUGACGAUAGCCUCGACCAUCUUUGCUCUGUUGGCCCUUACUAGAGCGGCCCCCGUUUGCGAGGAGCUUGUCAAACCUCUCCAUGUGGAGGACCUAACACCGAUGAUGGGGAAGUGGUGGUUCCUGUCGGGCUUCAGUGAUAAUCAGUCGUUCCGAAACAUUCUGAAAGUGUCUAACAGCUCCUGGAUAACUCUGACACCCUCCGGCCAGGCAGAAUCAUUCAUCAUGAGUCACGGCAAUAAGAUCGAUGGGAAAUGUGAAUUCGCCACUUCCAAUAUCACCCUUAAAAGCGGUGUAUUGCAUGCAAAGCAAAUGGUUGAGGGGAACCUGUUGAUUUUUGAAGUGACCAUCUUGCCAUCUGGCUUGGACUACCUUACCGUGAAACACAAAAUGGUGGACCUGAACAUCACUUCACUCUACAUCUUUGGGCGUUCGGCUAAGCUGUCGGAGACAGAGCAGCAAGCGUUCCAGAGACAGGCGGAGUGCCUGGGCUACUCCAGCCCAGCCCCAUACACCUAUGACGGAGUUACGGAGCUUUGUGACCCUAAGCACAAGCUAAUGUGUGAGCCCCUUAUCAAACAUCAAGAAAUCAAGAACACAACACAGUUGAUGGGGCGGUGGGUGUUCCUGAUGGGGUUCGUAGACCAUAAGAUCUUCCAUGACUUAAUGAAGAUUGCCAGUAGCGGUUGGAUGGGUUGGACACUUUCCCCCGAGACAGAUAUGAUCUCUAUAAGCCAAGGGAAUAGGCUGAAUGGACAGUGCAUGAUCACCAGCAGUAACGGCACCAUCUCGGACAGCGUUUUCCGCGGAUCUGCCAUGUAUGCAGGGCACCUGAUGACCACAGAGGGCUGGUUUUUGCCCUCGGGCACAGACAUCCUCGUUAUGUAUAGCAAAAGUCAAAGUGGGGACCAGAACAUCUGGGCACUCCACAUGUUUGGCCGGUCAAGUAAAGCAUCAGCCACAGACUUUGUAAAUGUUCAGAAACAAGCGGAGUGUUUGGGAUGGAUUGGACCAGCCCAUUAUACAUAUGAUGGAGUCACAGAGCUUUGUGAGAAAUCGCCUGAAUCAUCUGAAGACAAGGUUGUGGACUAAUCCAAUCAACUAUUGUCAAAUUAACCUUUCAAAAUGACAAGUGUGUGUAUGAGAAUGUUUUGUUAACAUAAUCAUUUGAGAAAAAUCACUUCUAUUCUCAGCUUUGUGUUGUUAUUUCACUAUGCUGUAUUGUAUCAUGCUCUGAACCCAUUUGAAUAUUUGCUCUGUAGAUCUAGCUGGCCACCCUCACAGAAAACCCACAAACCAAUCACAAUCACAACAGAGGAGUAUGGUUAGUACAGUGUUGUUUAAAACAACCAAAGGCUGAAAGGAGAGUUUAAUGUACUAAUUAAAGUCUAAUAUCAAGGCUUGGAAGUAAAGAAAGAAUCCCUAGACCAACACACACAUGCAUGUCCUUUAGCAAAAAAUAAUAUUCUUAUCCUAUACCAGAUUUCUGCAAGACCAGACAAGGUCAAGUUUGGUGUCAUUAAAAGGUUUAUAUUACCUAAGAUUCAUAGGUCUAGGCUACAGAACUGAAAUCUAUUCCACAGAACAUAAACUGCAGAUUGUCCAUUUAGAAAUCUGUUGAUUUACUGAGUUCAUUGUGUCCCAUGGCAGUUUAACCCAUAAACAUAAUCAUUAACCUUAUUGCAAUAGCUUUGAGGAUAUAACGGGAUGAAGCAAACCCAUAAAUUGGCAGAACCUUGGCUAACGGAGAUAUUUCUUUCAAUGGGCAGAAAUCCAAAUGAUUGCAAAAAGGAUCAUGAACCCAUGACAGAUCAACAUGAACCUUGGCAAGGCACAAUCUGCAUGUUACGACACUCUGAGGACACCAUUCUGUUGGCUAGUUAGAGGGCUAUCCAGGUUGGGUCUUUAAAAGCCAAGCCCCAGUCACAGAAUUCUCUUCUUGUCAUCUGUCACAUGUAGAAGAGGAUGUCUCCCCGUGUUUAGCUCCUAUGCUACUUUGAAGCCUCUGACGUGUGAAAAAGAUUAUCCCUUGGGACAAUAAAGAACCUAACUUUCCUCACAGAAACCUUUGCCAUGUGUGUCCGGACGAUAGCCUCCGCCAACUUUGCUCUGUUGGCCCUUAAUGGAGCAGCCCCCAUUUGCGAGGAGCUUGUCAAACCCCUCCAUGUGGAGGACCUAACUCCGGUCAGCUGAUGGGGAAGUGGUGGUUCCUUUCGGGCGUCAGUCAUAAUCAAUUCCACCAGGAUAUUCUAAAAAUGGUUCUGCUCCUGGAUAAAUGUGACAUCCUCAGGUCAGGCAGAAUCAUUCCUUGUGAGACAGGUAAAAUCAACCGAAGCACACUCAGGUGACAUGAUAGAACCCAUGAGAGAUCCCGAUAGACAUCAUUGCGCAUCUGUCCAUCGUAUAAAGCCCACACAGACAAUUUGAUGGGUGCAGUUGGUUCAAACUGUUCUGGUUAGGGCAUAGUUGCUUCUCAAUGAAGACCAGACUGAAUUUCCCAACUGCAGAUUUUGUGGGCGGGGCUUCCAGGCUAGAUUUAACUCCCAUGCAAUGGAGAAUUCAGUGUGGGACUAACUGGUGGCCAAGCUUCCACAUUUAAGAUGGUUAACCAUGCUGUCUUAACAUGGUUAACCAUGCAUUCUUCAUCCAAUGGUUCAG